CCGAAAACAAAGGGAUCCCAAUAGUAGCAAACAGCAUACAAAAGAACCUUCCUUUUAUGGACAACGGGGCGAUGUUGCCAUAUCCUACAAGAACAAAUAAGGUCAGACUCUCGCAUUAACAGGACGGUGGGACAAACAGCCGCAUUUGAAUACGCCAAUAUACUAUUUACAAGCAGAAAUAGGUACUCCCUAGCGAACGUUUCCUGGCUUUUGAGUACAAUUUUCAAGAUCGAUGCAACCGAAAAAAGACCGUAGGGCCAGAAAAAGAUAAUGAGUACAGUUACAAUCCCUCUCGCACUGUUAGAUGCCAGCACUUUCCUCCGUGAAAGGGGAUUUUUUUCCGCCGAGUUUCUUCUUCGCAAAAAUGUGAUAAUGCGAUAUGAUAAAAAAAUCAAAACGAGGGCUGGCAAUGUUAUAUUAAUUACAAUGACAAGAAGGACAAAUAACUUAUAUGAGAAGACCGUGUUGUCGAAGAGGCACAUCAGAGUGUAGCUGUGAGGUCCAGUGGUUUGGGGCUUCCAGGUAAACGUAGCGCUUGGCAUAAGUACGACAAGACCUCCAGCAACCCAGGUGGCAACGGCUAUUCUCUUGGCGGCAGGAGCAGAAAGCACGACGAAAGGAUGGACUAUAGACAAGUAGAUCUCAAUGGCUAGUACCAAAAGAUGGUUUAUAGUUAUAAUUGGAAAAGCGAGGCGAAGGAACCAUGACAGUUUACACAGCCAGUUGCUGCUCUUAACGUCGAUAAAGUUGAAUAUUACUUGUGCAAGGAACGCUAUGCUGCAGAACAGAAUGUGACAAACCGACAAACUUUGAGUAAAAACUCUUAAUAUAUUGCGAUCGAAAGGCUUUUCCGCUGGGUUAAAUCUGCGUCUCUGAUCUCUCUUCUUCUUCUGGAGGUAGAAGACCAGUGAAUUAACUGCGGUCCCAUAGACACAAAGAACACCCAUCGCUAUAAACAUGGCCAUCUUCACACGACCAUCAAAAGCAUCCAAGUUCGGAAGAACAGUUAUCUCUAAACUUGUUCACGCUAAGUGAGUUCCGCUUCAAUAUAGCCUUUGAAGUCGAUUGAAUGAGUCAGUGAGUUUAAGUACUGUGAAUAACACAACCUUUCAGUCUAGAUUUAUCGUAAAAAUGGACAAUGAAAUAAAGCCAGUUUGUAAACAACAGAACCCCGAAGAGGUUUCCCAAGUCCGCGAGUUCUUCGGUAACACAAGUCUUCACGGAGUGAGAUAUUUCAACGAGAAAAGUGUCUUUAGAAAGUGUUUUUGGUUCUUGGCUUUAGGAGCAGCUAUUGGCGUGUGUGGCAAGCAGGUUUAUGACACACUACAUGCUUUUUAUGGACGACCAUUUUCUACGACACUUACAAGACAAAGAGCUUCGGUGAUGGAUUUUCCUGCAGUUACGUUAUGUAACAUGAAUAUGAUAAGUAAAAAGCAGUAUUCUACAGCAGCAAAGGAGUGGCAAUUGCCUGGAUCACAAAACCAAACUAAAGAACAGCUCCGAGAAGAAAUCCAAGCGAUGUUGUCUAUAUUUUCUCACAGAGAAUUCAAAGCAGAAUAUUUGCAAAAGUUUCGAAUAAAAGUUUUCUCGAACCCUCUUUUCGAAGAGCGAGGGCCGAAUUUUAAGGAAUUUUUGAAAGGACUUUCUCACGGUAUCGAAGGGAUCCUUUCCCUAGACUGGCUUAGCCCUUGUACUUGGCGAGGAAAGACUUGUAGUCCUUUGAACUUUACAUCUUUCGUGAACUUAAAAAUGGGACAGUGUUAUACGUUUAAUUCUGGCAAAAAGGGACAGCCGAAGUUAAAAAGUGUUGUUUCUGGGCCUACGAAUGGACUUCGACUGAAACUCAACUUGGAAGAGGAGGACCAUGUUAGCAAUGAUUACGUGCUGGAGUCAGGGUUUAAGGUGCUCGUACACGAUCAGAAUGAAUACCCAAUGAUUGAAGGGGCUGAAGGAUUUGCUCUACAGCCUGGGACACACACAUUUGCUGCCCUUCGGGAAAAGAGAUUCAAGAAUCUUCCCACGCCAUACAAGACCAAUUGCGCCUCACCCGAUCAACCGUUCAACAAGUAUUUUAGCUUCUCGUACUCGAUCAACGCCUGCUUCAAACAAUGUAUGCACGAAUAUAUUAUCGGGAAAUGUGGCUGUCAGGCUUUAGAUAACAUCAUUCAUGGAGUCGAGCUUUGUUCAGUGAAAGAUGCUUUUGAUUGCUUAUAUCCUACAAUACCAAACGAUUUUCCAGACAACGUGGUGAAAUGUUCCAAUACCUGUCCAGAACCAUGUGAAUACACGAAGUACGAGGCCAAGCUAUCCUACGCUGCUCCUGUAGACAACGCAUUCUCUCGCGCCUUUUCUUCAUCACGGCUGAUUACCAACCUAACGUCUGAGUCUUUUAAAACAUUUCUGAACAGGACUGAAAAGGACAAACAAGAAUUUAUAAGGAACAACGUUGUGUCAUUGGACGUUUUCUUUGAGUCGCUUGGUUAUGACGUCAUUGAACAGAAACCUGUGUUUGACGACUGGGCGUUGAUAGGUGCAGUUGGUGGAACCCUUGGUCUAUUUCUCGGCACUAGUAUCCUCACGGGGCUCGAGUUCUUGGACUUUCUUGCAAGUUGCUUGAUCAGAGCGCUGCGCAGAAAGAGAAUCCCACCCAAGGAAGAAGAAUUAGGUGAAAUCAACCACUCCAUGCCUAAAAAUCCUGUGAUAUAAAUCAAAUCUCGGCCGGACCAACACUCAGGGUCUUAAAAUAACUGAGGAGAAGGUGCUGCCUUUGUAAUUACAUCUGCAAAUGGUUAGACCUUCACGUGGCUCGGAUGAUCACGUUAAUGGCGGUCCCAGUUGUUUCAGGCUUUUUUGCGCGCGGUGGCUUUUGGGAAGGAGAGAGAAAAAGUGACUUCGCUUUUCUCUUCCGUCCUUCCCCUGAUGCACCGGGAACUUACUAAAUCCUUCCCAUCAACCACAGCGUGAGAUCAAUAAGACAAGAGAAGCGACUGGGUACGAGUCUGUGGCGGUCCAGUCCCUAAUUAACUAGAGACGUUAACAGAGGACCACAAGUUUAUCAGUCAAAUUACUGUCAAGUGUUAUCCUCUAUAAACAAAGUUGAUUAUUAUUAUUAUUACUAUUAUUAAAUCUUUUGAUUAAAAAAACCUUUCACAUAGAUAUAAUCAUAAGAUACGAAUCCAUCUAUCCACGUUAGAAGUGAGUAAGAUGCGAGGCCAUUUAUCUUUCAAUAGUUAGUCGACUCUCAAAGCAUUACUGCCGGAGCAAUCUCUUAGUAUAAAGAAUAGUAAUAUACAUAGACAGCUCAAACUACUUAACAGGAAAAAAAAGAUCCCAACGCAUCACGGAUGCGAGCGUCAAGUCAUACCGUGGUAACCGCGCGUGGUAUGGAGCACAGGCAAUUAGCCAAUCAGAAUAAGAGUAGUAUGUAGUCCUAUUUUCCAAGGUAGCAACAGGCAUCUUAGGUUAUUAGACUUAAACUAAUGUACUCUCACAAAGAGGUGGUGGUAAUAAAAUAUUAUAUAAAUAA